AAUGGCAUCGGAUUUGUUGAUAAUUUGUACAUUGUUUUUGUUCCUUCCACUUGCAAAACAGGAAAAUGUUGACAAGGAAUUGCAAUCGGUACUACAGGCUGUUGAAAGUAUAAUUGAUUUCUACCAAAGAGAUUAUAAGGACUUGAAUGUAGAUGGACUUUUUGGACUUCGAGUUUUGGAAGGACAUCUUGGAGCAUUGAUAAAGAAGCAUGGUUCUGGAGAGUUGCAGCACCUGGAUACUAAAAUCAUAUCUAAACUGAAGGAAAUGAGAGACAAAGCUACAAAGACUUGUGACCUUGCCCUUGAACAUGUGAAGAGGGAUGGUGAACGCUAUUUUAAUCAGAUGAGCUAUAUCAUAAAUGAUUCCUGGGAUAUCUUCGACAAUCAUCGCCGGAAGGUCAAUAUAACCUAUGCUUGGUCCAAAUCAACUUACCUGACAGCUAAGAAAACAGUGUCUGUUGAUGAAGAAACAAGUGAUAGAUGUAUGUCUGAGCUGAUUGGUUCUCACAAGUCACAUGGGGAAUCAUGUGACAUCAGCAGUAUAUGUGCACAUACAAUGACAGCCCCAGGGUUGCUGGGAUAUGGCAUCACUCAUCAAAUUCUGUGGACUAUGCUAGCUGAUAAGGCUGGUUGUACUGCGAAGCUUCAGGCACGACUUUUUGAGCUAGGACGUGGUGACUUGACAACUUUGAGACAGGAACUCUGUUCCAAUAACUACAUUCAGUUGAGAGAAACUGUGGCAAAAUUUUCCAAUGGGGUAAUUCCGGCAAUCCAGGAUCUUUUUCUUGAACAAAUGUUUGUGUGUCCAAGUCUGGGAUUUGUCGAGUUUUUAGACUUAGAUUUUCUACCACAAAUUCUGUCAUGGCAGUCAGAAAGUGGUUGCUACGGUAAAAUGAAAAGAAUGAAGAACAACAAGCCACUAAGAUUAGAUCCAGAAUUAACUGGUGAAAUCGGUGAAGAUUAUGUGGAUGAAGAAGAAGAGAAGAACAAAGCAGAUAUAUUUGCACAAGUCAAAGCUGUAGAUGUGAUAAAAAGUAAAAUGAAUAGAACAGCAGAAAAUUUGAGAUUAGAAAGCAAGCUGCAUGACAACAGGAAGUUCCAGAAACAAAAUGAUGCAGUAUGGAAAAUGUCAGAACACAAAGGGAGAAAACUCUUAGUUGAGAAAUCAAUGUCAGGUGGAUGUCUUGCCCAUAAAACAGCAGUUGCUAGUGGUGCUCUGAUCAUGUACUUAAGGUAUUUGUGUGAGCCUGAUGCUAACAAGCUAUUUUCGGUAAAACGUAAAUUACGCUCUGCCGAACCACUCCUGGACAGAGGUAAAAUUGUUAACAUUCCUCAACAAGUUAAUCCUGCUCAGAAUAAUGGUUCAGCUAUUGGUGGUGGUGCUAUAUAUCAGAAAAAUGUCCUUGCCAACAGACACGAUCUUAAUGGUGAUGGUGGUGGAGGGAUAGAAAAGCUGAAAAUGAACUUGAAUAGGGAAAAUGAACUUGUAAAUCCUCUAGAUCGACUUGAUAAAUUUCAUAAAACUUUUGAGGAAUUUAAGAAUACGUCAAAUGCAAAAAUUGAGUUAAAUGGAAAAGAGUCUAUACAAGAAUUAAAUAUAAUUAAUAAGGCAGGUGCAAUAAAACCAAUAGAAGAUAAGCUAGUCAUAAAUGAUAAACUUGAUGCUAAUAAAGAUGAUGAAAAUUAUGAUUAUAAAUAUGAUGAUAAUAACGAAAAUGAUGAUGAGGAUGAGGAGGAGGAUGAGGAGGAAGAUGAAGAUGAAGAGUAUCCCGAUUAUGAUAAACGAGACGAUGGUGAAAUUGAUCGAAAUUUGAAUCAGUAUUAUGACAAAGAUCAAAAUGGUGAGUUAAAACCUAUGGAUGAUAAUGAUAAUAACCCUGAUAAUGAUAAUGAUGAUGAUGAUGAUUAUAAUGCAGAUGAUGGUUAUAAUGAUGGUUAUGACGAUAAUGAUCAAGAAAACGUACAUCCACACAUUAACGCUCGCAAUAUUGGGCAUGGCAAGAGUAGAGACUAUGAUAAAGAGGGAUUUGAUGACGACGAUGAUAGAUUGAAAAUUGUGAAAGAUUAUGAUGACGAUGAAGAAGAUGGUGAUGAUUACGAGUACGAUGAUAAAAAUGACAUGAUUGAACAGAGACAAGAAGAAGAGACAAAAAAUGAAUUUAUUCUUGGUAAACCUGAGAAAAAGGUUAUAGACUCUCGCCGACCAGUUAUGGCAGGCGAACACAUAUCAGAACAAUCCAUGUUAUCAACAACGACGUUUGUAAUUUUCAUUAUAUCAUUAGUUAUUUUAGUUGUUUUAUAUCGAUUUAUUCGAAAAAGACGAAUUAGGUUGAGGAUGGGGCAUAAAUACUUUCAUGUUUGAAUUUACUGUGAUAUAGCAAUACAAAAAGAUGCCAUUUUGUGAAUAAUGCCAUAUGCGUAUGUAAGUGCUAAAUGUUAUACGUGACAACUUAUUUGUUAAGUGCAUUAAAGGGGCAUACCUGCAGAUUUAUGUCAGAUUUUAAAAAUACUUCCAUUUGUUAAUCUUUAUGAGUAAUGCAAAGUAAUUCAGUGAGUGCUCUACAGUAUUUAUUAAUAAAUACUUAAUAAAGGUUUGGUUUCUAAUCAGUAAAUGUAGAAAAGCUGUCUACGUCAUUAGUUGCAUACUAAAUCAAAGCCUUGAAAUGUCUGAUGGUUGCGGGUUUUUGGUAGAUUUAAUUUCUGUUUAAAUGCUAGUCUAUGAAUAUACAUGAAUGACUGAGAAACAAAUACAAAUUUAAUGUGCCUCAUAUCUAAGAUAAACUCUGCCUGACCCAGCUUGUGAUGUAACCAUGGGCUGGAAUACCUUAUCAUUGAUAGAUCUUAUAUAAUCUAAAUGGUCAGUGUGAGUGGAUACAGGUUGAAUAAGAACUGCUAGUUCAUUGAAAAUUCAUCCGCAUUGUACAUGAAUGGGACUAUUUUGUGUAGCACAUGAACAUCCUUUGGAUGUGAUUCGGAAUCAAAUAAAGAUGAUAUGAUUGUCAGAAAUACACUUUAACUUUGGUAGCGGGAUAAACCCGCAACCAAAAAAUAAUUGAUGUAAGAUUGACAAAAUUUAAUUCAGUAUCAUUUUCAUGAAGUAUAAAUUGCACCAAGUUGUGAUAUUUAAUAUUCUCAAAGAUAUUGCUGUUGUUGUUGUUUUGUUUAUUAUUUCUUUUUUUUUCUUUUUUUAAAUUUAUUUUGGGAUGUACAACUAGAGGUAUGCCCCUUUAAAAAGUGAUUAAGGAUGUUUGUCACUUUAAGUUUUGAAUAUUUUUUACAUUGUUGAGAGUCAGUUUUGAACAUUUACUUAGAAUGAGGAAGUUGUUAUAUUUAACCUCUAAUGUUAAGGUUGGGUGAAUUUUUUUUAAAUGAAUUAACUUUAAGGAAGGCUGGAAGAGCCAUUGAAAAACAUUUAUUCAUUGUCUUGUUAAUCAGAUAUCUUUUGUUGAUUUUUUAAAAUGAUUGUUUCUAAGGAUAUGCAGGAAAUGAUUAUUAUUGGUCGUUCUUUAGAUCAGAUGUUUAAAAUAGUUUUUGAAGAUGUAAGAAAAAAGUAUAUCCUGGUUGUUUUUACAGACAAACCUGAGCUAAAGGUCACCUGUGAACAAAAACCUCCUGAUUCCAAGAUCUUUUAGUUUUAUAUAAGAAUUAAAAAUUUGCAGUGCACUGUGAAAUCAGCAAUUUUUGUUUGGGAUAAAUCUUCGUGGAUUCACGGUUCCAUCAGUGGUUGAAAUUAAACCCCCAGUGAACAAAAUAUUAAUAAAAUUAAACCAGUACUAUUGAUUUUAUGUUAACCCUUACCCUGCUAAAUUUCUGUAAUGAACUUGUCCAUCUUUCAAUAUGGACAUUACCAUUAAAUGUUAAAAGGGGUAAUUACCAAAAAUAUACUGACUGAAUGGCGAACAGUACAGAUCAUUAUCAGACUGCACAGAUGUGCAGACUGAUCAUGAUCUACACUGGUUGCAAUGGAAGAAUCAAUUGUGUCCAGCAUGAUAAGGAUUAAGAAUUAGAAAUCCUGGGAAAAUAGCAGUUUUUGUCAUAAAUGAUGAAAUUUCAUGCCAACGAAAUUGAAUAAUUUCAGCGUAUUUUUAACCUGUGAAAAAAAAACACCUUCCCAUGAAAAACCACUUCUCUGCUCCCUCAAUAGUAUACACUUACUGACCAGCAAGCCAUUCAGUAAGUGUUUUAAUACAUGACAUCAUCAGAAAUAAAUUUUCGUAUUUUUUUUUCUUCAAGUUUUUACUUAAGCCUAGCAAAAUGUAGUGUUGAACUAUAGACUGGUCAAUAGCACAAACUAUAGAACAGCGAUUUAUAUAAGGACUAAGGAGUCAUGUAAAAAUGGGCUUUCUUUACAGGUUUGACUGUACUUUAUGUACUGCAUAAUAUGUACAAAAAUGCAGUUUUAUUUGCUUUUAUUUUUUUACACUUUGGUAACCUUGAAUGAGAGUGCCUCUAGCUUUAUGUCAGAUUUUGCAAAAUAUAGAAAGAAAUUGCAUUGCUAGUGAACAAACAAUCAUCAGUUUAGUUAAGACAGUAUUUUUCUAUAAAACCCUCCUGAUUAUAUCAGACUAUGAACAUAUCGACUUGAUUUAUAUUUAGUGCUAUUUUUGUAUUUUUUAUAGCAGUUAUUUGUAUUUUUCUUAAUGAUUUUGUGAUGUACAUCUGGAGGCAUUCUCGUAGGUACAAAUAUUGGUGCAUAAUAUCUAAAAAAAAAUUCAAGUGCGUAGCAUUGCCUGGAUAGGUUUUGUAUGACAGCAUGGUUGAUUGUUUUUAAAUAAUUCAUUUGGUACAAAAAAAUAACAACAUUAAAUCAUAAAGCUGAUUGUUUAAUAAAACAUGAAAUUUUUGUUAAAAGAAUAUUAAAUUUGCUAAGAAUAUUUCAUCUUUGGGGAGAUUUUAUAAGUAAUGAUGUUGAAAUAGCACAGAGAAAUUUUGAAAGACUGAUUUAGCAUUUUUUUUGAAAAAUUGGACAUUGUCAAAUUAUUUUGUUAAAAAAUAUUCUGCUGUUUCUGGAAAACUACAUUUCUUCUGCAGUCAUUUGCUUAAAUUAUAUUUUAACUGUUCUAUAAAUUGUUUUUGUUUUACACAUUAUUCCACACAAAAAAGAUUUACCAUUUCUCUCAAAUUUGAUUUUACCUCCUGUGGUUCACUCAAAUUAUUGGGAAGCAUGACCAGAAAGAUUUUCAAGUGUAUUUUUUUUUUUCAAGAAUAUAAACUCAGUAUUUAUGUAUGAAAGAAAGAAAUUUUUACUUAAAUUUGCACCGAUUUGGCAUAAAUGAAUCAUAUAUAUGAAUAAUGUACUGAAAAUUUAUAAAUUUAAAUGUUAAUUCAUACUUUUUUUAGCAGAUGUUACAUGUUGGAGUGAAGGUACUUUCUAAAUAUAUCAUUAUAUGUUACUAUUUGAGCAGCGCCAUGUGAAAACCAACAUUAAGCAUCCGCGCAGUCUGGUCGGGAUCCAUGCUGUUCUCUUUCAAAGCCUAUUGCAAUUACAGAAACUGUUAGUGAACAGCAUGGAUCCUGACCAGACUGUGCAGAUGUGCAGGCUGGUCUGGAUCCAUGCUGGUCGCAAACACACUAUGUUGUUUUUUUACUCAUGGUGCGGCUCAUUUUAUGUUAAUAUUUAUUAAAACUUGUUGUUUCCAGCACAUGAUAACUUAAUCUGUUAUGGCUGUUUUGACUGGUUGACCAAAGGUCAUUGUUGAAUGUUUCAUUGUUAAGUAUUAAAAUAUUUAAGGUUGUAACUUUUGCGUGAAAGAAGUGUUACAUAUACCAUCACUAUGUUAUAGUUUUACCAAAAAGUUAGUUAUGUUACCAGUAGUUCAGAUAGAUGUAUGUUUUUAAUCAUUUCUGAAUUCCAGUCCUUUUAAGAAAGCACAAAUGGUUCAUGUCUACCUAUAUUUUUCCCAUAAAUUUACAUUCUCUUUGAGUUUAUAAUUUGUCACGUUAUAGACAUUAAAAUUGUCAUGUUUUAGAACAAAGUACAUUCAUCUAUUUAUGUUAAAUUGUGUACAGACCCUAACUGUCAUAUUUUUAGCUCACCUGAGCAAUGCUCAGGUGAGUUUUUCUGAUCACUCAAUGUCCGGCGUCUGUCUGUCUUUCGUCUGCCCGUCAACAUUUAGCUUGUGUAUGCGAUAGAGACUGUAUUUUUCAACUGAUCUCCAUGAAAUUUGGUCAGAAUGAUUACCUUGAUGAAAUCUAGGCCGAGUUCGAAAAUGGGUCAUCUAGGGUCAAAAACUAGGUCACUAGGUCAUAUCAAGGAAAAACAUUGUGUAUGCGAUAGAGGCUGUAUUUUUCAAUUGAUCUUCAUGAAGUUUGGUCAGAAAGAUUACCUUGAUGAAAUCUAGGCCAAGUAUGAAAAUGGGUCACCUGGGGUUAAAAACUAGGUCACUAGGUCAAAUCAAGGAAAAACCUUGUGUAUGCGAUAGAGGCUGUAUUUUUCAUUUUAUUUUCAUGAAUUGUGGUCAGAAUGAUUAUCUUGAUGAAAUCUAGGCCAAUUUCGAAAAUGGGUCAUCUAGGGUCAAAAACUAGGUCACUAGGUCAAAUCAAGGAAAAACCUUGUGUAUGCGAUAGAGGCUGUAUUUUUCAAUUGAUCUUCAUGAAAUUUUGUCAGAAUGAUUACCUUGAUGAAAUCUAGAUCAAGUUCGAAAAUGGGUCCCCCGGGGUCAAAAACUAGGUCACUAGGUCAAAUCAAGGAAAAACCUUGUGUAUGCGAUAGAGGCUGUAUUUUUCAUUUCAUCUUCAUGAAUUUUGGUCAGAAUGAUUACCUUCAUGAAAUCUAGGCCGAGUUCGAAAAUGGGUUAUCUGGGGUUAAAAAGUAGGUCACUAGGUCAAAUCAAAGAAAACCCUUGUGUAUGUGAUAGAGGCUGUAUUUUUCAACUGAUCUUCAUGAAAUUUUGUCAGAAUGAUAACCUUGAUGAAAUCUAGGCCAGUAUUGAAAAUGGGUCAUCUGGGGUCAAAAACUAGGUCACUAGGUCAAAUCAAAGAAAAACCAUGUGUAUGCGAUAGAGGCUGUAUUUUUUAAUUGAUCUUCAUGAAUUUUGGUCAGAAUUAUUGCCUUGAUAAAAUCUAGGUCAAGUUUGAAUAUGGGUCAUCGGGGAUCAAAAACUAGGUCACUAGGUCAAAUCAAAGAAAAAAGUUUUGUAUGCGAUAGAGGCUAUAUUUUUUAUUUGAGGUUGAUGAAAUUUAGUCAGAAUGAUUGCCUUCAUCAAAUCUAGGUCAAAUUCGAAUAUAGGUCAUCUUAGCUCAAAAACUAGGUCACUAGGUCAAAUUGAAGAAAAUGCUUGUUUACACUUAAGAGACCACAUUUUUGAUCCAAUCUUAAUGAAAACUGGUCAGAAUAUUUGUUUACAUGAAAUCACUAUGUCAAACAUGUUUACACUGUUAUGGUAUGUUUAUCAGGUGAGCGACCUAGGGCCAUCUUGGCCCUCUUGUUGUAAUUUGAAAAUGCUUGCUCUUUUUCAAAAUAUAGUUUAUACUAUAUAAUGUUGUUUAUACUAAAUCAUGUUGUUUAUAUUAAGGAGAAUCUCUUACAUUAAGUAACUGUGAUUGCUGUAAGAUCUGUGUUUUUUGUGAAGCAUUGAUAUGUCUAAUUACUGUAAAACACUUUCUUUUCGCGAACUUUGAUUUCACUGAUAUUCUUUGGUUUCUACCCUUGCAAAUUCAAAGUUUUUGCGAAAAAUGUGACGUAUUCAUAUCAGUACGUACAUGAUAUAUCCAAAAUGCCUAUCCAGAAUCACAUGUCAACAUUUUCAUUUUAUCUGACUAUUAAGGAAAAUUAUAUUUUAGAUUUUUUUAAAUUGCAUUUUAGCUUUUGAUAUAUAUAUUUUUUAAUAGUUUAUUUGUUACUUUUAUAAAGCCAAAAUGUCAGAUGUAAUAUAAAAUUUAGUCUCUUAUUUUGGCAAUUUAAAAUCCUAUUGUUUGUUCUACCAAAUCCUUAACAGGUUUUUAGCUCGACUAUUCGAAGAAUAAGUAGAGCUAUCCUACUCACCACGGCGUCGGCGUCGGCGUCACACCUUGGUUAAGUUUUUCGUACCAGUCCACAUUUUGACAAAGUCUUUUGAGAUAAAGCUUUGAAACUUUCAACACUUGUUUACCACCACCAUGGCCAGUUAUAGCCAAGAGUACAUAACUCCAUCAAGGAUUUUGGCUGAAUUAUGGCCCCUUUUGACUUAGAAAUCAUGGUUAAGUUUUUCGUACCAGUUCAUAUUUUGACAAAGUCUUUUAAGAUAAAGCUUUGAAACUUUCAACACUUGUUUACCAUCACCAUGGCCAGUUAUAGGCAAGAGUACAUAACUCCAUCAAGGAUUUUGGCUGAAUUAUGGCCCUUUUUGACUUAGAAAUCUGGGUUAAUAUUUCGUACCAGUUCAUAUUUUGACAAAGUCUUUUGAGAUAAAGCUUUGAAACUUUCAACACCUGUUUACCAUCACCAUGUCCAGUUAUAGGCAAGAGUACAUAACUUCAUCAAGGAUUUUGGCUGAAUUAUGGCCCCUUUUUCACUUAGAAAUCUUGGGUAAGUUUUCCGUACCAGUUCAUAUUUUUUGUAAAGUGUUUGACAUAUGGCUUUGAAACUUUUAUCACUUGUUUAGUAUAAUAGUCUCUAUCUGUAGGAAAGAGAACAUAACUCUGUCAUCUAUUUUGGCUGAAUUAUGGCCCUUUUUGGACUUUGAAAUUGGUUCUGUUUUCAUACAAGUCAAUGUUUUGUCAAAACUAUUUGACAUAAUUAUGGCUUUUAAACUUUGAACACUUGUUUAUCAUUAUGAUUUCCAUCUGUAGGCAAGAGUACAUAACUAUUUUGACUGAAUUAUGGCCCUUUUUGGACUUUGAAAUUGGUUCAUACAUUGCCAUUUAGUUCAAGACUUAUCGAAAUCAAAGAAAUACAGGAACAUUGUUUGUCUUAUCAAUUUAUUUAUUUUGUCUGAAUAUCCGUGGAAAUAUUUUGACCCCAUUCUUCAAUCAAUUCUUCGAAUAGUCGAGCGCGCUGUCAUCAGACAGCUCUUGUUUAGCUCACCUGUCACAUAGUGACAAGGUGAGCUUUUGUGAUCCCCCGUCGUCCGUUGUGUAUGCGUCCAUCCGUGCGUCCGUCAACAAUUUCUUGUCUGCACGAUAGUGGUUUCAUUUAUGAUUUUAUUUUAACCAAACUUGCACACAACUUGUUUCACCAUAAGAUCUCGGUUCCUUUCUUGAACUGGCCAGAUCCCGUUUUGGGUUCCAGAGUUAUGGCCCCUGAAAGGGCCAAAAUUAGCUAUUUUGACCUUGUCUGCACAAUAGCAGCUUUAUUUAGGAUUUGAUUUUUACCAAACUGGCACACAACUUGUAUCACCAUAAGGUCUUGGUUCCUUUCUUGAACUGGCCAGAUUCCCUUAUGGGUUCCAGAGUUAUGGCCCCUGAAAGGGCCAGAAUUAGCUAUUUUGCCCUUGUCUGCACAAUAGCAGCUUCAUUUAUGAUUUGAUUUUAACCAAACUUGCACACAACUUGUAUCACCAUAAGAUCUUGGUUCCUUUCUUGAACUGGCCAGAUUCCGUUAUGGGUUCCAGAGUUAUGGCCCCUGAAAGGGCCAGAAUUAGCUAUUUUGACCUUGUCUGCACAAUAGCAGCUUCAUUUAUGAUUUGAAUUUAAUCAAACUUGCACAAAACUUGUGUCACCAUAAGAUCUUGAUUCCUUAUUUGAACCCACCAGAUCCCAUAAUGGGUUCCAGAGUUAUGGCCCCUGAAAGGGCCAAAAUUAGCUAUUUUGACCUUGUCUGCACAAUAGCAGCUUCAUUUAUGAUUCGAUUUUAACCAAACUUGCACACAACUUGUAUCACCACAAGAUCUUCGUUCCUUUCUUGAACUGGCCAGAUUUCUUCAUGGGUUCCAGAGUUAUGGCCCCUUAAAGGUCCAAAAUUGGCUAUUUUGGCUUUUGCAGCCAUAUAGAGACUUCAUUUAUGGUUUUAUUUGAUACAAACUUCCAAAAUAACUUCAACAACAAUAAUUCUUGGAUUCCAUGACAAAUCAGGUCCAAGAGUAGGUUCAGAGUUAUUUAUAUCUGAUUACCUCCCCUGAUUGUAAUCAAAAUGGAUUUAUAUCAGUAAGUACUUAUAGGACUUAUUUGAAAUUUCAUUAUUGUCAUUAGUUGGACUGAACCAAUCGGGGUAGAUAACCAUGGACUGAUUUUGUCAAAUUACCUCCCUUUAUUUCAAAUUAAAAUGGGUAUGUCUCCGUAACGAAUGAAGAUACUGAUCUGAAAUUUCAUUUAUGUCAACAGAUUUAUUUGGCAGAUCCUUCUUUUGUUCACUUACAAUAUUUUUUUUUUAAAUUACUUCCCUUUUACGUUACUAUAAAUAGCUUAUUUUUAGUAACUUUUUUAUUAUUGGCCGUAGGGAAAAACUGAGACCACUUUUCUAUGGUACAACAUGGAUGGUACCUCCAAUUUUUAGGUGUAUUUUGAUAUAUCUGUACCUUGUAAGAAUUUUUUUUUUCUUUUUCGUUAAAUUUCUUCUCUUUGUUGUUACUGUCCUUUGGACAUAGAUAUUUUUUCUAAGGGCCUUCUUGUCCUCAAGUGCAGUGAUAACAGGUGAGCGAUAUAGGGCCAUCAUGGCCCUCUUGUUUUUGGUUUUUUUGAGAAUUUCGACUUUAUUUUGCAAGAUCCAGCUUUACACAUCAUUCUAAACAAGGUAUAUAAAAUUUUUAAAAUGUUCCUAUCACCACCAUUAGAGUUCCUUAGAAUGAAAUAUACGUAUGAUAUUAAUGUUCAAAAAGAAAUCAACCUUGUAACAGAACAUAGGGUAAUUAUAAAGCUUGUGCGCAUUUUUGUGUUCGUUUCAUUGUAGACAUACUUCAUUCUAAUAAUUGUAUUAGUUUGGUAUAUACAUUAUCAUGUUGAAGGCUUAUUGCUUUGCAUAUUUUGUGUGUUUUGUUGCAUUUUUGUGUAUUUAAUUCAUUUAAAAUGAUAAUAAUGUGCUGCAAUAUUGUAAUCAUUGUUAAGUACUGUUAAGCACAGAUUUCACCAGAAUUGGUAUGUAGUAAAUCUAGUAUAGUUUCAGAGUGAAAAAGGACCUAUUACAUGUCAUUUUUAUAGUGAUUGCUCCAUAUGUAUUUUUACUCUUAAUAGUCUGGGGAUUAACUGCAAAAUCACCUAUAUUGUGGGAGGUAAUUUUGGUCAGACUAUCAAAUUGAACCCAAUCUUGCAAAUCUUCAAACUUAAUUUCUAGUCAUUUAAUCUUAAAGACAUGAAAUCCACAAAAUCAUUGGUAAUCCCACUUUACACUGCAAAAUAGCGACUUUGCCAUUUUAUGACAAGAAAAGUUGCAUCAGUUGUUUACCUUGUCAGGACCACAUGCAGAGCACAUGAUCCAUGUCACUAGGUCCAAGGUUAAGGUCACACUCAGAGGUCAUAGAUGAAACAGCUUAACUGUGCAUUCGCUACAUAUCGUCAAAACUGCUCAAAGACUAGCAUCAUUUGUUUACCUCAUCAAAAGAGAUGUGCAGGGCACAUGACCCAGGGCACUAAAUUCAAGGUCAAAAUCAGAGGUCAAAGAUCAAAUAGCAAAAAUUUUUGUCUACCCCAUAUCUUCAGAACCCAUUGAAUUACUUGCAGAGUGCACAAUCAGGUCACUAGGUGCAUUGUCAGGGUCACACUUGGAGAUCAAAGUUCAAAUAGCUUUAAUUUGUGUCCACUCCAUAUCUUCUUAACCACUUGAAGGAGUUUCAUAAAACUAGCAUCAGUUGAUGACAUACAGAGUGUCAAGCAGGACCAGUAGGUCAAGGUUACACUUGAAGGUCAAAGGUCAUGAUCACAACAUUUUACUUUCUCUGUAUCAAAGUGAUGUCUGGGGUGGUGGCGGGGGGGGGGGGGGGGGGGUUUAAUCACCUUUAGUGAUAGCUCUAGUUUGAAUAGCUAUAUGAUAGAAAUCUGAGCCACAUGAAUGAAAUUGUAGUGAAAGGGCUAUAGAGUUUUGGUGACAAGACAAGACAAGACCUUGUGUAGUUUGAUUUUCAGGACAGUUACUGUCAGUAGGGAUUAUCUCUCCUGGGUGUGUUUUCAGUCAUUAGAGCAUUCAUUUUGUGUACCUGUCAUAGGAGAUUUAACAUGUCUAGUUUAAUAUUUGACAUAUCGAGGCUGCUUAACAGUGCUUAAUUUGAUUUUAUUUGUUUUGAUUUGUUAUACUUGCCAGUAGGUUUGAAUAUUUUUAAGAAUAUAUACUUUUCUGGAAAUUUUGUAUAAUAAUGUGUCGUAACUUUCCCCAUCAUUUAGCCAUUUUUAGAAGUAACAGCAUAGGUUAUAAGCUGUAUGUUCUUCCUUGUUGGUGAAAAUCCUUACAUGCAUAAGCCUGCUAUAUAUGAGUUUAUAUUCACUAGACUUUAAUAUUUUUGUAUGUUUGAGUGAAUUGAUUGAAAAAUAAAGAAGAAAAUUAUUUCGUAGCAUAAGAUUGUGGAGUGGCAGGUAGAUUUUUAGAAAUUGAUUUAUAGAAACUGUCAGCUUUUGAGACAGUAUGAUAUAAUAGAGUAUGAUAUUUUUGUUUUUUGUUUUUAUUUGACAUAUUUCAACAUAGACUUGUACUUGGAACUAUAUUUUGUCAAGAUUGUCAUUUUAAUUUUGGAAAGUAGAUCAAGAAAUUACAUGAGGCAUGCUUUGAGAUUUAUGUGAAAUAUUUUAAAAUUGUUAAUAAUUAUGAGUUGAAAGUAAAAAAAAAAGUUAAUUCGGUCAGUUCUAGACAGUAUUUAAUUAUAAAACGUACAUGUAGGUUUUAUAAUAUGUAGAAAAGCUCUCAAAAUACUUUAAGUCAUGUGUUAAAUUUUUAUAUAAUACAGCAGGAGGUUGCCGGUAGCUGUACUUAACAUUGUCUGUCUACUCGUAAAUACGAAAUUUUGAUUAAAAUAAUGUUAAUGAAACUGAAACUGAAUGAUUUGAUUAAACACCUAUUUUUAUACAAUGAUAUAUUUAUGUGUUAAUAUAUUAAUGUAUGAUUUUGAAUACCCCAAAUGCCAUGAAUGUAAUGAUAUCCACUGUUAAACCUUGUGGUCAGCCCCUUUUAAGAAUCAAGUAUUGAAGAUGGUAAUUUUUUUUCAGCUGAAUUUGAAGUUUUUGUAAACUAGUGCAUAUCAUUUGCAUAUAAGCAGUAUGGCUGCCUGUUUGAUGUGAUUUAUUAUUUUCUGUUUUGUUUUACAUGUUUUUUUACAUCGAAUUUUGGUGCUUUUUUUAUUUCUCAAUGACAUUUGAGCCGUGCCAUGAGAAAACCAACAUAGUGGGUUUGCGACCAGCAUGGAUCCAGACCAGCCUGCGCGGAUGUGCAGGCUGGUCUGGAUCCAUGCUGGUCGCAAACCCACUAUGUUGGUUUUCUCAUGGCACGGCUCAUUUGCUUUAGGCCAUUAUAAAUUUGUAUUGUUGCUAGAUUAUUGACCAAAUUUUCAUUUAAAGGGAGGGAUUUUUUUUUUAAUAUUUGUGGGACAUAUAGAAAAUAGGCACAAAAUGAGGAUAUAGAAUUAAAAAACGAAAUAUGAUAUGAAGUUGAGUAGAAUGUAUGGCAGUUAAAUUUAUAGGCACUAAAACAGCAUCGAUAAGAACUGAAAGACAAAAAAUAAUCUUUCCUGAAGUUUUUAUAUAAAAACAUUCCAAAAGCUGAUUUUUUUUUAUUGAAAAUGAAAAAGGUGGAGGAGGCAGAAAUAUAGCAAAAGGGAGGGGAUGAGAUGAUAAUCUAGCAAUAAUUGAAUUACAAUUUUAGCUUAUUUAUACUUAUUUGUAAAAGUAGUUUAGAGCUAUUUUGAAUUCAUUGGAAGCUUUUUUGAAUCCUUUUGAUACUUUUUUGAAUCCAUUAGAAGCUAUUUCUUAACCUGUUUAUGUGUUGCAAUUUUAUAAUGGGUUUUCUAAUGCACAGGCGCCCAACCUUUUGGCUGUACAUAUCUGCUCUGUACGUGUAUGACACAUCAUACUAUGUCACCUACUGCAUCACAGGAAAUACUGACAGCUUUGUAUUACAUAUAAAUAACCUGUGUUUAUAAUCAAACAUAGACCUAUUAUCUCUUGUAUGAAAAAUACAAAAUUUUCACCUGUACCUUUAGGUGGGUUUUUCAUUGGUAGAUUGCACUGCAGCAUGACAAGGUCUGACACAUGCUGUCUGCAUUUCACGAGCAUAGCCAAUAGAUAGGAUGCCUGUGUUUUAAUGCUGUUUUAAGUGUUUGAAAUGUUGUUUUUGGGGGAUCUUAGGUAGCCAUGAAUGAAUGAUGAAUUGUCUUUCUUUGAGAAAUGUCUUUCUAUCUAAUCCUUUUUAAUCCCAAAGGCCAAAGUGCUUUCCAGUCAUUAACAAAAAACCUACAUUUUAACCCCAGUUUUGAUAAUUUUGUCUUUUUAUUUGGUUUAUCUGUCUUUAAAUACAUGCUUCCUUACAAAUAUUAAACAGCUGCACUUUUAUCUGGGUGUAUUUAAGAUUUUGAUAGGUUUCUCUACAAUGUUCGUGCUGUAUGAUUUUAUUCAAAUACAGUUGCCAUAAAUUGA